AUUAACUAAGCCUCCAUUUUGUUGAUUUUUAUAUUAGAGUGUAACUUGCGCUUUCUUUUUCCAGAAGCUGAUUGCAAAAAAAAAAAAAAAAACACUUACCGCCAAGAGCAACAAAGCGAAAAGAAAAGGAGAGAGAGAGAGAAAGAGAAAGAGAGAGUGAGUAGUGAGUGUGGGAGAGAGAAAGGGAAGGAACUAAUACUGUGUGGAAGCUUUCGAAACCACAGAAGAGAAAACGAUGUCGGAGAGCUUUACAUCACCACUGCAACUCUAAGAGAGAGAGAGAGGGUGAGAGGUAUAUAUUAUUACUACAGACAUGAUGAUGAGAUAGAUAGAUAGAUAGAUAGAUAGAGCGGUCUCAUAAGGAGAAAUUAACACUUAGAUGAAAAUUCAAGAGAAAAAGGGGGCCUAGAUAUACAUAGCUAGACCCUGAUUAUUAUUUAUUCUCUUUCUUUCUUUUCUCUCUCUCUCUCUCUCUUUUAUAUCUAUCUUUAUGGAUCAUCACUACUCUAUAUAAUAUAUAUACACAUCCACUAGUCUCUUUUUUCUCUUUAAUUUCUGCAAGUAGUGGCAACAAAGGUGAGGAGGGAGGAGAGGGUGAAGAAGAUGAUGAUGAUGAUGAUGAUGUUAAUAUGGGAAUAGCAAGCACACAGCCACUGCAUCCAAGACCCAUUCUCUUCCAUCACUCAUCAAGAACAACACAAGAGCAGUAGCAGCACCAUUCAUUUUCCUCCUUUUCUUACUCCAAUAAUAAUAAGAAUAAUUCUAUGUCCCAUCAGCAAGAUUACCAGCAACAAGCAGCAGGAAUCUUCAGCUUCACGAAUGGCUUCGAGAGAUCGACGGUAACACACCAACAAGCACAGAUCCGAAGGGACAACAACAAAGGCUUCGAUGCACCGCCACCACCAUUAGUAGGGAUAGACGAGGAAGAAGAACAAGCAGGAGGAGCUGGAGGAGGAGGCCUUCCCCAUGUGUAUGAAACCGCAGGCAUGCUUUCGGAGAUGUUCAAUUUCCCUGCCACCGAGCUCCUGGAACAGCAGCACCACCACUUCCGCUCCCCUUCUUCGUCGAGGCCACAACCACCAGAGAACUGGUACGGAAGCAGGCAAGGCAUGAUAGCCACCACCACGACGGGGUUUGGAGGAGACUCCAAGCAGCAGAUUUCAAGCAUGAAUGCGGAUUCAGCAGCAGCCAUGCACCUUUUCCUGAUGAACCCAGCUCAAAGGAGAUCUCCUUCGCCUCCUCCAUCGGCAACCUCUUCCACUCUCCACAUGCUUCUUCCCAACCAUUCCUCCAACUCCUUGCAAGGGUUCCCUCCUGCUGGCUCCGCAGGAGGGUCUUUCGGGCAAUUCACAUGGGUUCCCGACAGCGGCGCCGGCCAUGAAGGAGCAGCUAACAACCCUCCUGGCCAUCACGAGAUUAACGUGGUGGAAGGGCAAGGCCUUUCGCUGUCGCUUUCGUCUUCGCUUCAGCACUUGGAAGCUGCGAAAGCGGAGGAACUGAGGAUGGGAGAAGGCGGUUUUCUGUUUUACAAUCAAGGGGGAGGGGCGGCGGCGGCUUCUAAUUCGGGUCAUUUUCCGUACAAGAACCAUUUGCAAGGUGGCAUGGUAGGACAGGGGCACCUUGCUGGGUUUCCUUCUGCUUCAUCUUCUUCGUCCUUAGGGGUAGUCCACGUUCUUAGGAAUUCAAAGUAUGUGAAAGCCGCACAAGAGUUGCUUGAGGAGUUUUGCAGUGUUGGAAGGGGCCACUUGAAGAAAAACAAGUUCAGUAGGCAGAAUUCAAACCCUAAUUCCACCGCCUCUCCUUCAUCUUCCAAAGAUCCUCCUCCUGCUGCAGCUCCACCUCCGCCUCCUUUGUCAGCUUCCGACAGGAUUGAGCAUCAGAGAAGGAAGGUCAAACUUCUAUCAAUGCUUGAUGAGGUGGACCGAAGAUACAACCACUACUGCGAGCAAAUGCAGAUGGUGGUGAACUCAUUUGACGUGGUGAUGGGGUACGGGGCGGCGGUGCCGUACACGGCGCUGGCGCAGAAGGCGAUGUCGAGGCAUUUCCGGUGCCUGAAGGACGCAAUAACGACGCAGCUGAAGCAUUCGUGCGAGGUGCUGGGGGAGAAGGAGGGGGCGGGGGGGUCAGGGCUGACGAAGGGGGAGACGCCGCGGUUGAAGAUGUUGGAGCAGAGCCUACGGCAGCAGAGGGCGUUCCAGCAGAUGGGUAUGAUGGAACAAGAAGCUUGGAGACCUCAGAGAGGCUUGCCUGAACGUUCUGUCAACAUUUUGAGAGCUUGGCUUUUUGAGCAUUUUCUCCACCCGUAUCCAAGCGAUGCAGAUAAGCAUCUCUUGGCGAGGCAGACUGGCCUCUCCAGAAAUCAGGUAUCAAACUGGUUCAUAAAUGCCAGGGUUCGGUUGUGGAAACCCAUGGUGGAAGAGAUGUACCAACAAGAACAAAAAGAAGCAGAGGAGUGUGGGGCAGCGGAAGAAGGCGAAGAAGAGGAAGAAGAAGAACAAAACAACAGCAGCAACGGUGGGCAGCAACAAGCACAAAAUCCAAGCACAACGAGUGGCGGUGAAAGCGAAAUACAAGUAGAAGGGUUUUCGGAAAACCAAGAGGGAAUGGUUGCGCAAGGUGGAAUGGCGUCGGAGAUGAUGCCCCCACAACAGUCACAGAGAUCGAUGGCAAGCGAUGACACGUGUCGACAUGGCAGCUACGUAGCAGGUGCUGAAUAUGGGACCGCGUCUACUACUGCUGCUGCUGCCGCUGCUGACAUUGGAUCCGCUACCCUCAUUAGGUUCGGGACCACCGCCGGUGACGUGUCACUCACCCUAGGGUUACGCCACGCCGGGAACGUCCCCCGACAAAACCCCUUUUUCUCUUAGAAAUCAAUCCUCAUUAUUAUACUACUGCUCUGCUUCACCAUAUAAUUAAUUAAUCAUUAAUCGUUAUAUAUUUUAUAUUAUUAUUAUUAUAGGAACAUCAUAUCCUUUAUUUUCUAUUCUAUAUCAGGAAAUACAAGAAAGAAAUCCUUUUUUUCUCUUCCAAUUCAAUCCACUAUUUUUAUUUGCAUCAUUUCGAAUAAGCUAAGGUAAUACAAUAGAUAGCUCCAUAUAUGCUCCCUCAUUGUGUAACUGUAUAGUAGAUCCAUCGUUUUUCCCCAUAUAUAUCAACUUUAUCAAUUAAUAAGAUUCGUUCCGGUGUCUUAUAGUUCCGUAGGACUUGAUCUUGCUACUCAUGAGUCAUGACUAGAACCGCAAUUUUUUUAAUUUAUUGUAAGUUUGUUGUAACUAUGAGAAAAUAUUCAAUUUAGCAUUUAAAUUUUUAUGUUAAUCUCAA